CCCACAGCCGCCUCUCUGCUCCCGACCCCAACCCCGAGGCCCGAUCCAGAAAUCACCACCGCAAUCUCCGGCGCUGCCCUGCUCCACCACAACCGCCGGUCGGCUCCUCGCUUCUGCCACCCGGACCCAGCCCACCCCUCCAUCUUCUCCUCGGUCCUCCCCAGUAGCAUACAACGGCGCCCACACGAGCCUCCGUUUGCCCAUCUCCUCCCACGGCCGGACCUGUGCGGGUGGAGGACGGGCUGGUCGUGGGACGGGGAGUGGGAGAGGAGGAGGACGCCCCCCCCCAAACCGAAGCCUCCAUCCAGCACGUCCCCGUCCCUCACCGGCAGCGGCAAGCCUCCACCGAGUCCGUCAUCGUCCAUCACCGGCAAGCAUCUUGCAAGUCCAUCCUCAUCACCAUCCGUCGCCGGCCGAAACACAAAGAUUGGGUGAGAAUCACUACUAAGCUUGCACUAGUUCAUUACCUAGGGUUUUAUCUAGGAAUAUAGGCGGGCGUAUUAGUUUCUAAUUCAUAAUCUGGUUAACUAUAGCAUGUCCGGUGGUAGCAUGUCCACACCACCAACAGAUAGUGGUGGCCAAGAUGUAGUUGCAUAUUCAGGGACAGGAAGUGUACCUCAAAUGGAUGCAAUGGAGGAGGAGGAGGAUGACUUCGACGAGUCCGUUGAUUACCAUGAGUUUGCAGAUCUUAUUUUUAUUUCAGAUGAAGAGGAAGAUGGUGCUGAAGGGGAUGAAGAGGAAGAUGAUGCUGAAGAGGAGGAAAAUGUGGAAGUUGCAUCCAAAAGAAAACUCAAUUCGGUUGUGUGGGCUGAGUUCAAGAGAGUGAAGGAUGCAGUAAAAUGGAAGGCUAAGUGUGUUUAUUGCAAUAAGGAGCUUGGAGGAGCACCAAAGAAUGGGACCAAACAUCUUCAUUACCACUUAGGCAUUUGUGUAUUGAGAAAGAUCAAGACCAAGGGAAAUAAAACCCUUAGUCAAUCUUCUCUGAGGUUUGGUUCUGCUAGCCAAGGAAAAGCACCCGUGGAGAAUUACACAUUUGAUCAGGCUUGUGCUAGAAAGGAGUUGGCAUCCAUGAUAGUGUUGCAUGAGUAUCCCUUGUCUAUAGUCGAUCAUGCAGGUUCCCGAAGAUUCGUUAGUUCCCUUCAACCAUUAUUUAAAAUGGUGGCAAGAAACACUAUUAGGAAGGAUAUUGUGGAUGCAUACAAAGUUGAAAGGAAGAAGGCUAUUGAGUAUAUGGCUAGAAAUAAAUCAAGAGUGGCUAUUACUACUGAUAUGUAGACGGCUGACAACCAAAAGAAAGGUUACAUGGCAAUCACAGGCCAUUUCAUUGAUGAUUCUUGGAAGCUUAGGAGUGUUAUCGUGAGGUUUAUUUAUGUUCCUACUGCUCACACCAGAGAGGUUAUAGCUGAAGAACUGCACGAAACUUUGAUAUCCUGGAAUCUUGAUGAGAAGCUAGCAGCUGUGACGGUUGACAAUUGCUGCACUAAUGACAAGACAGUUGAUCUGUUGGUGUCCAAGAUAGGAACAAGUAAGCUCAUGCUGAAAGGUACCUUGCUUCACAUGCGUUGUUGUGCACAUAUUUUGAAUCUGAUUGUCAAAGAUGGGCUAGAUGCUAUGAAACCAGCCAUAGAAAAGAUUAGAGAUAGUGUGGCCUUUUGGACUGCUUCACCAAAAAGAGUAGAAAAGUUUGAAGAAAUUGCAAAGUAUCAAAAGGUCAAAAUUACAAGAAGCUUAACACUUGAUUGCAAAACUAGGUGGAAUUCAACUUUCACAAUGCUUAGUAUUGCUCUCCCGUAUAGAUCUGUUUUCAUGAGAUUAAAGAAAGUUGACAAUAUGACAGUCUCCCUAGUGAGGAACAAUGGGAUUUUGCCAUUCAUGUUGUGGAGAGGCUCCGGUUGUUCUUUGACAUCAUCGAACUCUUUUCUGGAACUAAUUGUGUAACAGCCAACAUAUAUUUUCCCAAGAUUUGUGAGAUCAAAAUGAACAUGAGACAAUGGUCAACAUGUGGCAAUGCUGUGAUAGAAGCCAUGUCUGCUAGCAUGACAGAGAAGUUUAACAAGUAUUGGACCGAUAUUCAAAGUCUAAUGGGCAUGGCUACAAUUCUUGAUCCUCGGUACAAAGGUGAAAUGUUGCUUGUUUGAUUUGCAAUGUUGCAUGGUGUCAACCCUUCUUCCGUAGAAUGUGAGGGGUAUGUGGUAGAUUGAGUUACCAAGUUAUGCCAAGUGUUAGAGGAAUACAAUCUUGAGGAGGAGGCGGCGGAUGAAGCAGGACCUUCUUCCUCUGUUUCUUCAAUGCAAGCCCUAGCCCUUAUGUCACUCUUUACUGAACGUGUUGCUCAAAAAAGGCCAACUGGUUUUAGGAUGAAAUCUGAGUUAGACCGCUACUUGGAAGAUGAGUUAGUUCCACUUUCCAAAGAAAAUUUUAGUGUUUUAUAUUGGUGGAAAGUGGCUGGAACACGCUAUCCCACUUUGCGGAUGCUAGCACGUGACAUAUUUGCAAUUCCGGUCAGCACCGUUGCUUCAGAAUCAACAUUCAGCACAAGUGGUAGAGUUAUAAGCGACCAUCGUUGUAGUCUUACUCCAGAGACGUUAGAAGCUCUAAUGUGCUCACAAGAUUGGAUAAGAAACAAAUAUA